ACUCGGACAGUCCCUUGGAGACUGGUGGUUGCUGUGACAAAGCGCGGAUGUAGAUGUGAUGAAGAUUGCCCUGGCCCGGACAAGUGCUGUGUCUUUGAUUGUGGUGCUGUCUGUGUACCACCAGCAUUCAAUAAGCCUGGGAUCUGUCCUUCGAGAAUCAGAGGAAUUGGCGUAUGUGCUGAAUAUUGUACAGAUGACAGUGACUGCCCUGAGGAGGAGAAAUGCUGCAGCAAUGGAUGUGGCCAUGAAUGCACCACUCCCAAAGAAGUGAAACCAGGAAGAUGUUCCUUGCCCCAAAGAACUCAGAUGUGUGCUGAGUUCUGUCAACAUGAUGGUGACUGUCCAAAGGAGCAGAAAUGUUGCAAAACCACCUGUGGGCAUGCCUGUGCUGAGCCAUGUUAAUGUCUCGCCAAGUGUAUUUUCAUGCUCAUCACGGUUGUUAGACGUCUGUUUGUGCCAUAUUCUAGCCAUUAAUGCCUGAUUAGUAAUCUAUUACUGCGCUUUUAAAACCUAAUCCUGCUCUGCCAGUGGUCAAUUACUGCCAUGUCCUUGGUAUAUUUUUGCCCUGCAAGUGACCCAUAAUGCUUAUGCUCCAUUAAGACGUUAUUAAAGUUGAAAGUGCCUCCUCAUUCUGUUGGAGUCCUGUGAUCACACUGAAUGUUAUGUGCUGGACAACUGUAAGACCUUCACUGGAGUCCUACUGAAGUCCUGGAUCAGCUGCUGAUUUAGCAGUGAUCUGCUGGAGUCAUAAAAGGAUCCUGCUGGAGUUGUGCUGUAAUGACACCAAGUCACAGUAUUCUCCUGGAGCGACGUCAAGUCACAAAUGGCCUCCCACUUUGGAAUGUUCACAGGCCAGGCAACUUCCUGCUUCAUAAAUUAGAAACCGCUAACAGACAUGGAUACAUAUGGAACUGUUUAAUCAAAGGUAAUAAAAUUUAUAUCUGCAUAAA